CCCACACAGCGUUUCACUCGCUUCCGCUCCGGAGCUCCGAGACAGAUGGCAGAAGUCGCUCCCGCCGCCGCGCCGGCCAAAGCGCCCAAGAAGAAAGCAGCUUCAAAGAGCAAGAAAUCAGGCCCGAGCGUCGGCGAGCUCAUCAUCAAAGCGGUUUCUGCGUCGCAGGAGAGGAGCGGCGUGUCCCUCUCCGCCUUGAAGAAAGCUUUACAGGCCGCCGGAUACGAUGUGGAGAAGAACAACUCCCGCGUUAAAAUCGCCGUCAGGAGCCUUGUGAGGAAAAGCGUCCUGGUGCAGACCAAAGGGACCGGUGCGUCUGGCUCUUUCAAGCUGAACAAGACGCAGACCGAAGGCAAGAAGACCGCCAAGAAAGCCGCGCCCAAAGCCAGAAAGGCGGCCGCCAAAAAGCCAACCGCCGCUAAGAAGCCCAAGAAGAUAGCGGCCAAGAAACCCGCCGCCAAGAAGUCUCCUAAGAAGGCGAAGAAGCCCGCCGCCACCGCCAAGAAAGCCACCAAGAGCCCGAAGAAGACGAAAAAACCGUCGACCCCCAAAAAGGCUGCCAAGAGCGCAAAGAAGACAAAAACUGCCAAGCCCAAAGCCGUAAAGCCCAAAACGGCCAAGGCGAAAAAGGCGGCCCCCAAAAAGAAAUAAACAUGAUUGUUUGACUGUUUUCUUUCCCUAAAAGGCUCUUUUAAGAGCCACCCAUGUUCUCGUUGCAAGAGCAGUAUUCCAUAUUCACUCAUGAUAUCAGAUGCUGCUGAUUGUUGUGGUGGAGUUGAUUCCUGCUUUACAAA